AUGUCUAUCCUCAAGCUGGUCGAGGAUCGGCCGACGCCAAAGGCCGUAUAUAACUGGAGGGUCUACCUUCUGGCCGCCGUUGCAUCAUGCACAUCCUGCAUGAUCGGUUAUGACAGUGCCUUCAUCGGUACUACUCUGGCCUUGGACUCGUUCAAGUCCGAGUUCCACUUCAACACCAUGUCCACCGCUACCAAGAACCUGAUCAGUGCCAAUAUCGUCUCCUGCUACCAAGCCGGUGCCUUCUUCGGUGCCUUCUUCGCAUACCCUAUUGGUCACUUCUGGGGUCGUCGUAUCGGUCUGCUGGCAGCUGGUCUGGUUUUCAUUCUUGGUGCUGGUCUCAUGUUGGGUGCUAACGGCGACCGUGGUUUGGGUUUGAUCUACGCUGGACGUGUCCUGGCUGGUCUGGGCGUCGGUGCGGGCUCCAAUAUUACCCCUAUCUACAUUUCCGAAUUGUCACCCCCUGCUAUUCGAGGCCGCCUGGUUGGUGUCUACGAACUCGGAUGGCAGAUUGGUGGUCUUGUUGGUUUCUGGAUUAACUAUGGUGUCUCCGAGACCCUGGCUCCUAGCCACAAGCAGUGGUUGAUCCCCUUCGCCGUCCAGCUGAUCCCUGCCGGUCUCCUGUUGAUUGGUGGUUCCUUCAUCCGCGAGUCACCCCGUUGGUUGUUCUCCCGCGGCCGUCGCGAGGAAGCUAUUAAGAACCUUUGCUGGAUCCGUCAGCUGCCCGAGGACGAUAUCUACAUGAUUGAGGAGAUUGGUGCUAUUGACUCCGCUCUGGAGGAGCAGCGCGCUACCAUUGGUGUUGGCUUCUGGAAGCCAUUCCAAGCCGCUGGUACCAACAAGCGUGUCAUGUACCGUCUGUUCCUGGGUAGCAUGCUCUUCUUCUGGCAGAAUGGCUCCGGUAUCAACGCCAUUAACUACUACUCCCCGACUGUCUUCAAGAGUAUCGGUGUCACCGGUACCAACACUUCUCUCCUGACCACUGGGAUCUUCGGUGUUGUCAAGACUGUUGUCACCUUCAUCUGGCUGCUGUACCUCAUUGACCGCGUCGGUCGUCGUAACCUACUCCUCAUCGGUGCCGCCGGUGGCUCCGUCUGCCUGUGGAUCGUCGGUGCAUACAUCAAGAUCGCCGAGCCGGCCAAGCACCCCAAGGCCACCAUGGACGGUGGCGGUAUUGCCGCCAUGUUCUUCUUCUACCUGUGGACCGUCUUCUACACCCCCACCUGGAACGGUACUCCCUGGGUUCUCAACUCAGAAAUGUUCGACCCCAACAUGCGUUCUCUGGCCCAGGCCUGCGCCGCCGCCUCCAACUGGCUGUGGAACUUCCUCAUCUCGCGCUUCACCCCACAAAUGUUCACUGCCAUGGGAUACGGCGUGUACUUCUUCUUCGCCUCGCUGAUGAUCUGCUCCAUCUUCUUCGUCUUCUUCCUAAUCCCCGAGACCAAGGGUAUUCCCCUCGAGAGCAUGGACCCUCUGUUCGAGGUCAAGCCUAUCUGGCGUGCUCACGGCCAGAUUCUGGAAACUCUGCGCGAGGACGAGGAGCGCUUCCGUCACGAUGUCCAGGAGUCUGGUCUUGCUGAAGCUAAGUUGAAUGCCCAGCAGGUUGAGGAUACUGCUACUGAGCAGCCCAAGACUUCGUAUGUUUGA